CUCCAUGAUGGGAUAUUAUCAUGACUCCAAUAUAAUAAAAAGCUGUGUAUGUGCCGAUUUCAGUUUUAGCAGAUCGGUUUUGUGAAGACUCCACAGCUUCCUAUGGGACUAAAAGUAGAGAAAGGAACUUCAGAACAAGUUUUCUUCACAUGAUUUUCACUGUCUGAUUUCUUCCAUACUGGCACAUUAUCUGAAUGUUGGCUCCAUAGUGAUUGCGUUGGCUGAGGAUGUACAUGUGGGGAGACAGCAGAACAGAGCCAGCUCUGGUGGGACGUGGCUCACAGACUGCUGCCUGGUACCAUGUCAUGUUCUAGAGGAAGGAGAGCAGGCACAGCCCUCUGUCCGGAAGCUACUGCUGCACACCUAAAAAUCAUAUACUAGAAGAGGACCUGAAUGACAUCUUUUCUGGAAGUGUUAGUGAAGGUCUGGCUUUCACUGUGGUCAGGAUCUCACACCACAUCUUACCAAGUACUCACCGUAUCAAAGGAUAAUAUACUAAGACAAUGGAGAAGCCUCCCUUGGAAUUUAACCUGCCUGAUACUCAUGAAGAAGGAAAACUUUAUGUAGUUGAUUCCCUAAACAACCUAAACAAGCUAAAUGUUUGCCCAGCUGAAUCCCAGCAUUCACUAGAUCAGGAAGAGAACACUGGUGGUACUGGAGAAAGCAUGGGAGGGAGCAACACAAGAAACCAGUGUUUGUUCUUCGGCAUCUUUAUUCUUAUUUUGGUCAUCAGUUUGGUACUUGUUUCAUUUGUAAUAUUCUUAAUAUUUCAAACUAGAAAUGAGGUGGACCAAAUAUCAAGCAGACUACUAUCUGAAAAGAAGAACAUAGAGGAGCUGAAGAAACUUAACAAUAUUAUAUUAAAGCAUCUGAAUCAAUCCAGAAUUAAGGAAAAACCUUCUGAUCUUCAUGCUUACCACUUUACCCAUGCUGAGCUCAAAGUCGCUGGAGAAUAAAUCUUCUUUGGAAAGGAAUUCAGCAAAUUCAUAACUCAGAUAUUUUCACAUAUGGCACACAGGUUGCUGAAGCAUGGUUGCUGAAACAUUUCUGGAAAAGAUAGCUGAAUGAAAAAUAUUAGAAAAUAGUAUUUUAUCCUGUUUUACGUGGACAUAGAUUUGUAAUACUAAGCCCAUAUGAUUCUCAAUAAACAAUGGAUUGUCAGUUUGGGGCAAGAUUUCCAGAUUCCCCCUACAUUGUAAACCACAGAGGUCAGGACCUAGUUUCAUUUUAAAUGUAAGUGAAUGAUCACAGAAAAUCACGAGUUCUGUUCACAUGAUUCCAGCAUGACCUUGUUCACUUAAGCAUUCUUCUGUUACCUUUGUACAAGCUUUCUGUUUGUUUCUAUUACUAUUU